CUGUGAUUAGGUUUCAUUUCCAGGGAACCAGCAGCAGGUCGGUCUAUAAAAGCAGAACCAGCAGACUGGUUCAGUCAUUCAACCAGCGCCAAACAUGGGUCUGUUGACAGGUAUUGCAGCUGCGGCAGUUGGUGCAGGCGGGGCCCUGGUCGCGGCUCCGGUGGUUCUGGGUGUCGUCGGCUUCACUUCAGCUGGGAUUGCUGCAGGUUCCAUCGCUGCCGGCAUGAUGUCAUCGGCUGCCGUUGCUAGUGGAGGGGGCGUGGCAGCAGGAAGUUUGGUGGCUGUUUUACAGUCAGCAGGGGCGGUCGGUCUGUCGGGCACCGCGAGCGCAGCAGUAGCCACAGUUGGAGCAGCACUUGGAAGCUUGUUGGUUUGACGCCAAACUGGAACCAUGAAGGAAUUAAAUGAAUGUUCGGUGUUCAUCACUAUAUCAUUACUUUUCUUAUAAAAGCAGCAGCUCUUUGCUGCAUGUUUGUUUGUGUGGAAACAUGGCUGUUGGCUUUCAUUUUUGUUAUGUGUCAUAAUGUCCACUUGGGGGACAUAAAUGCUGAGACACACAAAUUAUUUAAGUUAUUUGAAUUUAAAGUUAAAAUUAGGAGUUGAAAGUUUGACUGGUUUAACAGCAUACAUGUUCUUCAGAUAAAAGGUAAAAAAAUAAACAUUAAAAUGUUGAAGGUGGUGCCUCUUAGUGAAAUUAUAAGCCUCUUAAUUCUGUUUUUCAUGGAAAUAAAAACUUUUACAAAUCUGCAAA